ACCACGAUGCUGGAGACGCAGGCGUAGGGUAAGAGGUGGUCCUGAGGCAGUCAGGCGUCCCACCCAGGUCCCGGAGGCGUUUCUUUCUUCCUCCUCAUCUCCUCCCUACUCUCCCCUCUCUACAUCACCCGGCACACCAUACUCCCCCCUCUUGUCCACUCCUCGAUCACCAGCCGCCUCCGCUUCGAUCCCGUCCGAUCCAGUCCGGAUUUUUCUUGAUUCGGUGCUCGGGAAUAAGAGCAGCUUUCCUGAUGCCUACUGCCGCGGACUCGCCGCAGCCUUCCGGGUCGUCACCGCAGGAGAAGGCCUCCAGCCGGAAUAAGCGCAAGUACCGUGCUGACCCGCCGUCCGCCGAGCUUGUCCCCUUUGGGCUGGAGUACCCGAUGGCGGCGGACUACGUAGGCUUCGAGUUCAUGUCGCCUGAGAAGGCCGCCAUGGCGGCGGCAGCUGCCGCCGCCGGCGAGGGUGUCAACCUGGACCUCCUCCAGAACAUGUGCGAUACGUGCAGGGGCAUCCACACGACGGCGGAGGAGUUGCUGGAGUGCCAGAGGUACAUGAAUUGGAGCGACCCGAACGAGGCGCAGCUGGAGAAGAUCCUCCUCAAGAGCCUGGAUGCCACCUUCGACAAUGCCGUGAGUGUGAUCACCGCAAUGGGCUACUCAGAGGCUGCGGCACGGGCUGCCGUGGUGCGGGCAGCUACGCAGUACAGUUGGAGGGAGAGCCUUGCCAGGUUUUGUGAGGCCACGGUUGAGGUGCUCAAGACUGAGGGGGACAUGUUGCCGAGGGAGGGUGCCUCCGUCGAGUACAUGAGGAAGAUUGAGCAGGCUGUGCUUGGUAGCUUGGUUGCAGUGGUCAGUGAGGCGCAGCCAUUCUACUCGACGGGGGAUGCGAUGUUUUGCCUGCUCAUGUCCGACAUGAAUGUAGCCAGCGCCUGUGCCAUGGACUACACUCCUGCUCCCCUCCCAGCAGUGGGCACUCAAGUCAUUGCCCAGCCAGUUGUGGGGAACUAUGAACCCGGUGUAAGUUCUGAUGUAUCGGUUUCUAUUACCAACCCACAGACUGGUGUAACUUUCCGCGGGAAACUCUCCCCUGUGCCACCCAGUUCUUUCAAUCCUGUGGCUCUGCGUGCUGAUUCAUCCACAGUACCGACAAGUCCGAGUUUGUCAAGUAGCAAACCGUCUGUCUCAGGAAACACGCAGUGUGUGAUUUCGAAUUUGAAGCCUAAAGAACAUACAGUUGCUGUGCCCGAUCAUUCAGAGGGUCAGCCAUUUGUUGCUGCCGUGACACAUUCUUCAAAGGAUGAUAAGCCAUUCCCUAGCAAGAGGGGGAGCUCAAAGAGGGAUUCAUCUCACCGGCAGAAAUUGACGAGCUUUGAUAAGAGUUCUCGAGCAAUGGGCUCUAAAGGAUCUCUUAGGUCUGGCAAGCAUAGCUCUUUGGCUAGUGCAGCACUGGAUAGGAAGUGCAGGCAGCUUCCAGAUUCUGCUACUAACGGCUUGAAGGGCUCAUCAAAAGUAGGCAAAGGGUUUGCUGUGGGCAUGACGGGAUCAGAAGUGCCGGCUGACCUUUCUUUUACUGCUGCCACUCCCUCCACUCCAUCAUUUGAUGCCACCAGAUCAACUAGCUCUAAUCCAGUACCAGCUGCUAGCACAGAUCUCACACUAUCACUGUCAUCCUCAAGCGAUGGUUCAGUUCCAUCUUUAAAUCAGAACUCCAAUAUUGAGGCUAAGGACUCUGGCAGCAAAAUCAACUUCUCAUAUGAUGAGGAUCAGAAGGCCUGGGUUCCACAAGAUAGAAAAGAUGAAAUGGUCUUGAUUCUUGUCCAGAGGCAGAAAGAGGUGCAGGCACAUAUGAAGGAUUGGACAGACUGGGCUCAUGAGAAGGUGAUGCAGGUCACACGCCGACUUGCCAAGGAGAAGGAAGAGCUUCAGUCACUUCGCAAAGAGAAGGAAGAGGCAGACCGCCUCCAAGAAGAGAGGCAUAAUCUGGAAGAGAGCACAAGGAAGAAGCUUUUAGAGAUGGAGUCUGCAAUUUCUAGGGCGAAUGCACAGCUGGAGAAGGCAGAUGCUUCAGCUCGCAGACGUGAUGCUGAGAAUGCACAACUAAUGAUACAGCUGGAAGCUGCAAAGCUGCAUGCGGCAGAGUCUGUAGCGAAAUUUGAGGAGCUUUCAAGGAAGGAUGAGAAAACUCUUAAAAGAUCUCAGUAUUGGGAAUCUGAGAGAGCCCUAUUGCAAGACGAGCUUGCAUCUGGAAAGAGCAAAUUAUCUCAGGUCCAGCAACAACUUCAACAUGCUAAAGAGCAGAAGGACAAACUGCAGGCCAGGUGGAAACAAGAAGAGACUUGGAAGAUUGAGGCAAUUGCCCGUGUAACCUCAGAGAGGAAAGAGAGGGAUCAGAUUGAGACAUCAUUGAGGUCGGAAGAGAAUUUGCUGCAUCUAAAAGCCGAGAAUAAUAUGCAAAGAUACAAGAGUGAGCUUCGUGCUCUUGAGCAGCAGAUUUCGCAGCUGCAAAUGUCCUUUGAAACUGCAAACGUUGCUGCUCCCAAGUGGGGAACAGACAACAAAAGCUAUGCUUUGCGUCUUUCUGAAGGGAGAAAGAACAGCAAUGCUCCAAUUUUGGUACUGCAAGAUAUCGAUUUUGAUGAUAUUCAGCGUGACCGGGAGUGCGUCAUGUGCUUGAGUGAGGAGAUGUCCGUCGUCUUCCUCCCUUGCGCCCACCAGGUCGUGUGCGCAAAAUGCAACGACCUGCAUGAGAAGCAAGGGAUGAAGGAGUGCCCUUCGUGCCGGACCCCCAUUCAGCGAAGGGUGUGCGCCCGCUCCGCCAAUUCCUAGAGUUCACAUAUACCAUUUCAUUUUUUCUUUUGGUUCCCUUCAAUUGGUCUGCUUGAAUUGAUGGAGACUGGAGAGAAUAAUGGGUUGCAUGAGUGGUUAAACAUUGACAAUAAUACAUCGCAGAACGUCAUAUCGCCGGAUAAUGGAUAGUGGGUUGGUUAUAUGGAAAUACCACUUCUCCUG